AUGUUGUAUGAUAGAAUUAUCAUACUACUUUACAGAUUGGAUAUCAAAAAUAAACAUACUUAUUACCAGCAGUGGUUGAGGGUAGUUCACUCAGUGGUUAGUCUGCUAGACCGUGAAUCUGUUGGUGGGACGUGUUUACUGGCUAGUCUGCUAGACCCUGAAUCUGUGAGUGGGACGUGUUUACUGGCUAGCCUGCUAGACCCUGAAUCUGUGAGUGGGACGUGUUUACUGGCUAGCCUGCUAGACCCUGAAUCUGUGGGUGGGACGUGUUUACUGGCUAGCCUGCUAGACCGUGAAUCUGUGGGUGGGACGUGUUUACUGGCUAGCCUGCUAGACCGUGAAUCUGUGGGUCGGACGUGCUUAGUGGUUAGCCUGCUAGACCGUGAAUCUAUAGGUCGGACGUGCUUAGUGGUUAGCCUGCUAGACCGUGAAUCUGUGGGUGGGACGUGUUUACUGGCUAGCCUGCUAGGCCGUGAAUCUGUGGGUGGGACGUGCUUAGUGGUUAGCCUGCUAGACCGUGAAUCUGUGGGUGGGACGUGUUUACUGGCUAGCCUGCUAAACCGUGAAUCUGUGGGUGGGACGUGCUUAGUGGUUAGCCUGCUAGACCCUGAAUCUGUGGGUGGGACGUGUUUACUGGCUAGCCUGCUAGACCAUGAAUCUGUGAGUGGGACGUGCUUAGUGGUUAGCCUGCUAGACCGUGAAUCUAUAGGUCGGACGUGCUUAGUGGUUAGCCUGCUAGACCGUGAAUCUGUGGGUGGGAC